AUGGAGGGCGGUGACCUAGCAGUGAAGAUCCUUUCAACCUGGCUGACUUUGGUGCUCGUCCUCAUCCUCUUGCCAUCGGCUUUCGGGGUGUCUUUGGGUAUCUCCGAGCUCUACAUGAAAAUCCUGGUGAAAACUUUAGAGUGGGCCACGUUACGAAUUGAAAAAGGAGUCCAAAAGGAAUCAGUUCUUAAAAACUCAGCUUCUGGUGGUAUUAUCCAAAGAGAUGAGUCUCCCAUGGAAAAAGGGCUGUCCGGAAGGGACUUUGAGCUCUCCGAUGCAUUUUAUUUCUCCAAGAAGGGGUUGGAAGCCAUUGUGGAAGAUGAAGUGACUCAGAGGUUCUCCUCAGAGGAGCUAGUGUCAUGGAAUCUCCUCACAAGGACCAAUGUAAAUUUUCAGUACAUCAGUCUGAGGCUCACCAUGGUGUGGGUGUUGGGAGUCAUAGUACGCUACUGUGUUCUACUGCCUCUAAGGGUUACCUUGGCUUUCAUUGGGAUUAGUUUACUUGUUAUAGGAACUACGCUGGUUGGGCAACUGCCAGACAACAGUCUCAAAACCUGGUUAAGUGAAUUGGUCCACCUGACCUGCUGCCGGAUCUGUGUGCGAGCCCUUUCGGGUACCAUUCAUUACCAUAACAAGCAAUACAGACCCCAGAAGGGAGGCAUUUGUGUUGCCAACCAUACCUCUCCAAUAGAUGUUUUGAUCUUGACAACAGAUGGAUGUUAUGCUAUGGUUGGUCAAGUGCAUGGUGGACUGAUGGGAAUUAUACAGAGAGCGAUGGUCAAGGCUUGCCCACAUGUCUGGUUUGAACGUUCAGAAAUGAAAGAUAGACACCAAGUUACUAAGAGACUAAAGGAACAUAUUGCUGAUAAGAAGAAAUUACCAAUAUUAAUCUUUCCUGAAGGAACUUGCAUCAACAAUACUUCAGUCAUGAUGUUUAAAAAGGGAAGUUUUGAAAUUGGAGGAACCAUCUAUCCAGUUGCAAUAAAGUAUAACCCUCAGUUUGGUGAUGCCUUUUGGAACAGUAGUAAAUACAACAUGGUGAGCUAUCUGCUUCGAAUGAUGACCAGCUGGGCUAUUGUGUGCGAUGUGUGGUACAUGCCCCCGAUGAUCCGAGAGGAAGGGGAAGAUGCAGUCCAGUUUGCUAAUAGGGUUAAGUCUGCAAUUGCCAUACAAGGAGGAUUGACGGAGCUUUCUUGGGAUGGAGGGCUGAAGAGAGCAAAGGUGAAGGACACCUUUAAGGAAGAGCAGCAGAAGAAUUACAGCAAGAUGAUUGUGGGCAAUGGAUCUCUCAACUCCCAAUUGGACUGA